AUGCACGGCCAGGAACUGUUCAGCAAGCUACGCUUCAGUUACGUCGAACAGGUGACCAAGGAGAAGUUCCUCAGAAGUAUUACCGAAAAUCCGCCACGCCUUGUCGAAGCCGCCGAGAACGAUGCGAAGGAGAAGGAGAUUUUGGCCCUCAAAGCCAGUCUCAAGGAACGUAAACUAGAGGUUGCUGAUAUUUUGUCGCAAUUGGAGGCAAAAGGGAAAGAGCUGUCACUGCGAUAUGAAGGCCUGCAAUUGCGCACACAGCAGUUGGAGUCCCUGCCAAGUGAGAUUGAAGGCUUGGAAGCGAGCAUACAACGGCUUAAGCAAGAGCAAACGCCAGUGUCCAACAACCCAGAACUUGCACUGCCCCUUCCCGACACUCUCAAGGUCCUCAAGGAACGAGAAGCGGAACUUACCGCCCUGAACGCUCAGAUAGCGGUUCUACAAGCAUCGAUGCCGAACAGGGCCAGAGAAUUGGAGAAGUUGGAGCGCGAGCUGAAGCCAUUGGAGACACAGAAGCAGGGCACGGUAGCGGCAGCGAAAGAAGCGAGGAGAAGGAAAGAAGAGGGUGGAGGCAUUGGCGACGAGCUGGAAGAGCGAGGCCGAUGGCUGAGGGCGUCCGAGAAGGCCUUGCAGGAGAUGUUGGAUGUGGAGAGCUAG